UUUGUUCAAAGUAAAACCGAUAGCUACGUCACGAUUUGAUCAUUUCGAAUGCAAAUUAUUCUCAGAUUAAUAAACUAGGUCGCCAUCCGUGGCGCUGCCGCCGGGCUGCGGAUCCGUACCUUCGGCGGGUGCUCUCAGGAUUAAAAUGAAGAAUACUAUCUAUGGUGCAUUAGUUAAAACACUCUGUUCCAAUCGUGUGCGACCAGAACUAAACGCCUAAAGUAAAAAUAUAAGAACUGUAAAACCAGUAAAGUGGUAAAUGUCCAAAUGCCGAAUUAAAGUGAUGGUCAAGAGUUCGAUUACCAAGUGAAUUUACCAUAUUUGUGUAAUGUAAAAAAGUUGACAACGAAAUUCUGUUGAAACAGCAAUAAAUACGGCAAUAAGAGUACUCGUGUCGUACCAAUUUUAAACAUACAUAUUCGAACACGCCAGUCAUCGAAGCUCUAUCCCCGCAAUCGUAUAACAUCUAAUUCAUCAUGAUGCUAACAACCGAACACAUAAUGCAUGGGCACCCUCACUCGUCAGUCGGGCAAAGUACCCUAUUUGGGUGCUCCACGGCGGGCCAUAGUGGCAUUAAUCAACUGGGCGGCGUGUAUGUCAAUGGCCGACCACUGCCCGACUCAACGCGCCAAAAAAUAGUCGAAUUAGCUCACUCGGGCGCCCGACCUUGUGAUAUUUCGAGAAUACUGCAAGUUUCCAACGGCUGCGUAAGCAAAAUUCUGGGCAGAUAUUAUGAAACAGGAUCAAUUAAACCUCGAGCGAUAGGUGGUUCAAAACCACGAGUAGCUACAACCCCGGUCGUACAAAAAAUUGCGGACUAUAAACGGGAAUGUCCCAGCAUAUUUGCAUGGGAAAUAAGGGAUAGACUGCUGUCCGAGCAAGUUUGCAAUAGUGAUAACAUUCCAAGUGUUUCAUCCAUUAAUCGAGUCUUGCGCAACUUGGCCUCACAGAAGGAGCAACAAGCGCAGCAACAAAACGAGUCUGUUUACGAAAAGCUUCGCAUGUUUAAUGGCCAAACGGGAGGAUGGGCCUGGUAUCCAAGCAAUACAACGACGGCACAUUUGGCCCUACCGCCAGCAGCUUCGGUUGUGUCAGCUCCAACAAAUUUAUCUGGACAAGUCAAUCGAGACGAUGUUCAAAAAAGAGACUUACAAUAUUCAGCAGACGUUUCGCACCCGAACUCUCACGAUAGUACAUCGGAUGGUAAUUCUGAACAUAAUUCAUCUGGAGACGAGGACUCACAAAUGCGUUUGCGUCUGAAAAGGAAAUUGCAACGGAAUCGGACCUCUUUUUCCAAUGAACAAAUCGACAGUCUCGAAAAAGAAUUUGAACGAACGCACUAUCCGGAUGUUUUUGCGCGCGAAAGACUUGCAGAUAAAAUUGGUUUGCCAGAGGCACGUAUUCAGGUCUGGUUCUCAAACCGCCGCGCCAAAUGGCGUCGGGAAGAAAAGAUGAGAACUCAGAGGCGGUCGGCCGAUAAUGUUGGUGGCAGUGGUCGAGCCAGCACGACAAAUAAUCCUUCGGGGACAGCUGUAAAUUCCACAGUAGCAACGUCGAAUAACUCAACACCCGGCAUUACCAGCUCAACACUCAACGUAUCGGAACGGGCGUCAUCGGCUAUAAUUAGCAAUAGCAUACCCGAGACACCGAAUGGGCCAACUGUUCUGGGUGGAGACGCUAACGCCGCACACACCACCUCUGAAAGUCCACCACUUCAGGCAGUUGCACCGCGGCUACCCUUGAACACUGGCUUUAACGCCAUGUACUCAUCUAUCCCGCAACCCAUAGCUACAAUGGCUGAAAACUACAACUCAUCAUUAGGAUCGAUGACACCGUCUUGCUUACAGCAACGAGAUGCCUAUCCUUACAUGUUUCAUGAUCCGUUAUCACUAGGAUCUCCAUAUGUACCACCACACCACCGAAACACAGCUUGCAAUCCUGCAGCUGCGCACCAGCAGCCACCUCAGCAUGGCGUUUAUGCCAACAGUUCUCCAAUGACAUCAUCAAAUACAGGGGUCAUUUCUGCAGGCGUUUCGGUGCCUGUCCAGAUUUCAACGCAAAAUGCAUCGGACCUCGCGGGAAGCAACUACUGGCCACGUCUUCAGUGAUCGUCAAUCUUUAAUUUACCACCAGAAAUUCUAUCAAAGGCAACUGCCGCUGCAAUCGCUGCCGCACAUGCAGUUGAGGAGCAGAAUCAUCACCAAAAAGCGCAUUCAGAUGUUACUAUGCAAACUACAAAUAGCAACAAUGUCCCACCAAGUUUGAGUAGUCCGAAAAUGUGCUGUUCAAGAUAUUUAAGCAUGAAAAUGGGGGCGGGGAAGGAUGUAGAUGUUGUCAUAGGCCAAGGCCUUAUAGUUCCCAUAUCACCACGUAUUCCAUGCAAAUCAGAAUCAUUUGGUAGUGCCAACGCUCUGGAUUUUUCGUAAGCUUUUCUAAGUUUUUAAUUCCCCAUCUGCUGAGAAUUUUAUUAUAGCAUACCUUCAUUUUUUUUAAUAUAAAAAACAUGUACG